UUCGCCGAUCACACCAGGUAAGUAUCUAUUAUUUAAUGUGUAUGACAUACAGACGAUACAACACUAUGAUAGCUGAACAGCUACCAGCGCCUUGUGUUUUUUAAAGCGAAAACAAGACAUGAGGAUGUGUAGAAUAUUAGUUCUCAAGAAGGGAAGACGGUAGGACGUUGGGCAUAUCUGAGAUGAAAACGUACCGACAAGACCUAUGAAACCAUGUGACUUUUAUUUAGAAGUUGGGCAUAAAUCACAGCCAGGAUCUAUAUAUAAACUAAAACUUCGGAGUGUGAGGAAUUCCGUGCUGUUACCGUUUAACGCAGUGUCAUAUAGUCAGGCGAAGCGCAUCAGUGCAUUCAUGUUUGACGGUAAAUGUGCGACAGAUAAGCUCGGCUGUUUCACUGGGGCGUGGGUGGACACAUAGGUAAGGCCGGGGGUUACGCAGCCAGACCGAAGACCGUCGUUUCUCAAUUUCUGGACUUUGCAUGAAAUCAUAAGAGGGCUAACACAACUGAUACACGUUUAACUUACGUGAUGUUGGUUGAGUGAAAACAAGGUCCUGGGCGGAAUCUGGACACCGCAAGGCCAAGUGCCGCGUGGACAAACCUUCCCCUGUGCGACAGAUCCAUUCUCUCAACAAGAUGUCAGCGGUGAUGUUGUUGAAUGGGGAUCCCGUCCACCACCUGGCGACCGCCAGAAACGGUGAACGCUCCACGGAGACGCUGCGCCUCAACGUUGGGGGCGUCAUCCACGAGGUGAGAUGGGACACUUUGAAGGGCAAGCAUGGCAGCAUCCUCCCACACCUCGACGAACUUAAAAAGCACUACAGAGCCGAAAAGGACGACUAUUUCUUUGACCGGCACCCUGGGAUAUUCGAGUCGGUAUUAAAUUACUACCGCACGGGAGGUCUCCAUGUGCCCAUCACAGCGUGCGGUCCGGCGGUGAAAGCCGAGUUGGAAUUCUGGGGUAUUAGUGAGUUUGAAAUGGAGGACUGCUGCUGGACGACGUAUUCUAGUUACCAAGAGAGGAAAGAAUCGCUGGCCAAAUUUGAUUCUUUUCUAGGAAAGUCGCCGUACAAAUCUCGCUACCGUGGGGAUCGCGUGACCACGUGGCAGUCGGCAAGACGCCGAGUUUGGACAGAUUUGGAAAAUCCGGGCUCUUCUUUGUUUGCAAAGAUCUAUGCAAGUAUCUCUCUGCUGCUAGUGCUGAUGUCCAUCAUGGUGUUCGUUCUGGACUCACACCCAUUUUUCCACGUCAGCCCAGGGGACCCUGCCUGGGCUUUUACCCUCUCCUUCUUCGGAGUAGGUGCGGAGAGUUUCCACGACAUCACGGCACAUUUCGAGAAGAGCGUUAAUGAGUCCGGAGCUGAAUCAGCGAAAGAACACUAUGAAAUUUUACACCCUGCCUUGCUGUUGGUGGACUUCACGUGUGCAAGUUUUUUCACCUUUGAUUUGAUCAUGCGUUUCAUUUUUAGUCCCAAUAAACUGCACUUCUUUGUGUACCCUCUCACCAUAAUCGAUCUGUUAGCCAUCGUUCCAUUUUACGCCGAGUUGGCGAUUAUCAAUUCCAACCCAGAAGCCAUAUUCGGAAAGACUGUGUUUGACUUUAUCAAUAUCCUGAAGAUAGCACGUGUAUUUCGAAUUUUCCGCCUCACGAAGUCGUACACCGGCAUGAAAGUGAUUCUGUACUCCUUGAAGGAAAGUUUGGCGGAGAUAACACUGACACUUAUCAUUCUCCUUAUAACAAUGUUGAUCUGCUCGACACUGAUGUUCUACGCAGACAACUAUAACAACGAGAAAAGCGACUUUAAAAACAUUCCCUUGACCUUAUGGUGGUCCAUUGUCACACUGACAACAGUAGGGUAUGGUGAAUUCGUCCCCUCCUCUGGCCUAGGAUAUAUCGUAGGGGCUAUUUCAGCGUUCUUUGGGGUUCUUUGUCUGGCUCUGACUGUCCCGAUCAUCGUUAAUAACUUCAUGCUUUAUUAUUCCCACUCUCGCACCACCCUUAAGGCAGAAAGGAAGGUGGAUUUGAUUGAAAACAAGGACGCCGCGGAGGAUUUAGACUCAAUUGAUGAGACAACGAACGUCCCACGACAGCAAGUGGUGUCUUCCAUCCGCCUACGAGAUUUUGAAGAAACCGCCAACCAUGCCGCACACAGCGACCAGCACUCUUUUAUGUCACAUCCGACCACUUUGUAUUAACGUUUAAUCAGACAGAAACAAUAUUAGGGUGCUUUCCCUGAGAUUUAGAUCGAUUUAAAGAUUGAGAUUUAGGUCGACCUAACUCCCUGGGGGUUCACGUUAAAUUGCAGUCAGCCGA